AUGUUAGAGCAGUUCGCCUCUGGCUGUAAUUUGACUAUUCAUAAUGUGCCAGGAGAUGGCAAUUGUUUAUUUUGGUCACUAGCUUACCAGCUAAAUACCAAGACUGUGUGCAGUAGUACUAGUGCCCCUGAACUGAGACAGAUGGUAGCCUCUUACAUGGAAAACCAUAGUGACCAUUUCAGCAGCUUUUUAGCUGGAUCUCAACCAUCUAGUAACCCGUAUGACAAUGAUACAGAGGCUCCCACUAUUGAAGAUUCUUUCAUUGAUAGUAUAACUGAUCCUGAUUUGCAGUUACUAGCCAGGUGGACUAGAUAUCUUGAAAGGCUUAGACACGGUGCCUGGGGAGAUAACCUAUGUAUAGCAGCAAUAGCUGACAUCUUUUCGGUAACAAUCAAUGUGUAUGCUGCGAAUGAACAAAGAUGUAACGUUCUUACAGUUAAGCCUCAAAAUGGGUCUACUUUAUUUGAGGUUAAUAUUGGACUUAUAUUACAAUGGCACUUUGUAGGCCUUGAUGAGGUACCCGAGCUUAAUGAGCCUACUAUCAGCUUAGGGUCAUCUGCAACUACACAGGGUAUAUCUACCGAUGCUGUUGAUACUACUAGUUGUGAUGAUGAUACUGUAUCUCCUGAAUUUGAAAUUGAUGAUAAAACAUUCGAUGAGGGAGAUGAGCAUACCAGACAAAUCACUGGUGGUCCUACAGCUAGUAUGAUGUCCAUCGAAAACCCUGAAGCGUUUGCUGAGAUUGUCUGCCUAGCACCGGGUGAAAACCAAAAACCAUUGUACAUAAUGUCUGACACUAAUUUUGAGGCUAUGAGUAAUCCUGACAAGUUUCCAUAUGGGACUGGGUGUUUUAGUGCCGACAGACCUAAAAAGUUGACUUAUCAAAAAUACUUUAACCAAAGACUAUUAAAUGUAGACGGUAGGUUUGCUAGUGAUACUGACUACUUGUUUACUGCCAAGUACAUAGUAGAGGCCAAAAAAAUACAAGGUGACUGUAAUCAUUUCAUUUUUAGACAAAAGCCUGGUAGCCUCACAGCUAGUCAAGCUAGAGAUGACUCGUUCGUGAGCCAAUGUCUACGUAGAGAUAAAGCGUAUCGUUUCAUGAAAAACAUACGAGGAUCUCCCCCAUAUUACCAGAAAACCUUCUUUGAAAUGUUGGCUAUGAUUCGGCAGCUAGGUACAUCUACGUGGUUUUUUACAUUAACAGCAGCAGAUAUGAAAUGGCCCGAUAUCAUUCAAACCAUAGCCCGACAGUAUGGUCAAAAUUACACGGAUGAUGAGGUAGCUGCCUUUUCAUUUGAUGAAAAGUCAAAAUGGAUUAGGCGUAACCCAGUUACUGCAGCUAGGCACUUUCAAUACCGUUUAAACACAUUCUUUAAUGAAUUUUUAAAGUCCCCAGCUAAGCCUCUCGGUGAAAUUGUAGACUAUGCAGUUAGGAUCGAGUUUCAAGCUAGAGGUUCUCCUCACGCACACUGUGUGCUUUGGGUAAAAGAUGCCCCCAAAUUUGAAGAAGCCGAAGUGUGUGACUUCAUUGAUCAGUAUGUUUCUGUGUCCAUACCUGAUAGUGGUAAACUAAGAGACUUGGUGUUGCAGCUACAGCAGCAUAGGCAUUCCUCAUAUUGCAAGAGAAACCAAACCUGUCGCUUUAAUUUCCCACACCCUCCUAGUGAUGAAACUUUGAUAGCAGAGGAGAAGCACAAAGAUCGAACUGAUUGUGUAGAAACUUUGAAAGGUGUGCGUAAAGUACUAACAGAAGGCGAUUGUGACGACUUCACAAUUGACGAUGUGCUAGCUAAAGCUAUAACGUAA